CCGGACCGCCUCAGGCUCGGGCGUCGACUUCCUCCCCGCCGACGAGCCGCCUACUCCCGGGUUACCAGAACAGAUCCAGGUGCGCUCGCCGGCGCGCGGCCCGUCUGAACGCCCGCUGUCCUUCAUGCCACCGCGCAAGCCCUCGGACCAGCCGAUGUACCGCGCGCUGCCGCUCCUCCUGUCCGACCUUCCGCGCACGCGCAUCUCGGUCCUCCAGAGCUCGAUCCGGCCUAACGAGCGCGGGAAGGAUGUGCUCAACUUCGUGAUCGAGGUCGCGCCUGGUAGUGACAAGGAGCCGUGGAAGGUCGAGAAGUUGUACAGCGACGUGCUCGGGCUCGAUCACCGCGUUAGGGCGGCGGUGGGUCGGAGCGUGUCGAAGAAGAUCGCGACGUUGCCGGAGGGUAAGAUGUGGAGGGAUCAUGCGCCGGCGAAGGCGGAUUUGCGGAAGGCUGCGCUCGAAUCCUAUCUCACGUCCCUGAUCAACCUUCCUAUCAAGAACAAAGACGAAGUGAUCGCGUUCUUCACGUCCGAUAUUGUUCGACCAUCCCUUCAACCUGUUGCGCAGGCCGGGUACAAACAGGGAUAUCUCACCAAGCGCGGGCGCAACUUCGGUGGAUGGAAGUCGCGAUAUUUUGUAGUGCAGGGCCCGGUUCUGGAGUACUACGAAAGCAGGGGCGGCGGACACCUUGGCUCCAUCUCCAUCACGGGCGCCCAAAUCGGCCGUCAGCAGCGGUCCGGGAAUGAGAGGCGCGAAGCGGACGACGACAACGAGUACCGUCACGCCUUCCUCAUCAUUGAGGCGCGCAAGCUCCCCAACGGCCAGCACCCGCGGCAUGUGCUCUGCGCCGAGAGCGACGAAGAGCGUGAUAGCUGGGUGGAGGUGCUCGUGCGGUAUGUGCACGGCUCGUACAACGAGGACACGGGGCCUCCUGCAGGCGCAGGACAACAGGCACAGGUCCCGGGGCCGAUCAACGUGCAGGUGCAAGCGCCGCCCAGAGCGAGCUCGAGCUCGGCGCAGAGCCCCAGUGACGAGGCACAGGUUACGCCCAUGGGGAAGAAGGGCACCCGCACCGCGUCGAAGGACAACAUCGUGUUCGGUGGAGCCGUCCCGAUCGCGCAGCUCACGCCGGACGCGGGCAACGCGAAACUGAUGCAGGCGGCGCCGUAUCCCGCGGCGUUGACGAUCCCGAUCCAGCAGCAGUCGAAGGAGAACGCGAUAUCUCCUAUCAACGGGCCGGGCACGUAUUCGACGAGCCAGAUGGCGAAGCGGAUCCUGGACGGCGCGAACGCCUCCACGCCCGACGUGCCUGUUUCUACCAGCCUGCCCGAGUCAUCGCCGCUCAGCGAGGCGCCUGGUGAGCUUGUCAGUAUCCCGCGGGCCAACUCCGAGCUCGGCAACUACCCCGACCUCCUCGACCCGAACCGACCCCCGCCGUCGUCGGGGUCGCCGAACGAUCACCGCGCGGGCCGCAAGUCCUACCAUCCUGGUUUGCAAACUAUCGCGGCGUCGCCGACGGUUCCUGUGCCGCCGGUUGCUGAUCGGCCUGUGACACCGGAGAGCACGCCUGUGAAGGAGAGCAAGGGCAAGAUCUCGGGCGCGUUCAGCGGGGCAAGGCUGCCUGGCGGGUUCAAGUUUGGGAGCAGCACGAAGGAAGUGCAGAGCUCGGAUGCCAUUUCCACGACGAGUUCGACUGACAGGAGGGAAAAGGCCAAAUCAAGGUCGUUCUGGGGCUUUGGAAACAAGCCGCAAGGAUCGGGCGCGGACAAGCCUAUGCCUGUUAGCUACGGUGGUAGGCCGGUGUUUGGCGUGCCCAUCGAGGACGCCCUCGACGUUGUGCAAAUUGGUGGUCUGCCAGCUAUCGCCUUCCGAUGCAUCCAGUACUUGGAAACAAAGAAGGCCGAGCAAGAAGAAGGCAUCUAUCGAUUGAGUGGAAGCUCCGCCGUCAUCAAGGCCCUGAAAGACCGGUUCAAUGCUGAGGGUGAUGUGGACCUACUGGCGUCGGACGAAUACUGGGAUCCGCAUGCCAUAGCGGGUCUACUGAAGACGUACCUCCGUGAGCUGCCCACGAGCGUCCUCACUCGCGAUUUACACCUCCGCUUCUUGGCUGUCAUGGAUCUCGUUGACCAGAAAGAGCGGGUCCAUGAGCUCAAGCGACUCAUCUCGAGAUUGCCGAUUGCCAAUUACAGCCUUCUGCGUGCCUUGACGGCGCACUUAAUCCUCAUUGUACAGAAUUCGUCGAUCAACAAGAUGACGAUGCGCAAUGUCGGUAUUGUCUUCAGUCCGACGUUAGGCAUUCCGGCUGGAGUGUUCAGUCUCAUGCUCGGCGAGUUCAACCAAGUCUUCAACGUCUCCGGCGAAGCUGCGGAAGAAGAGGAAUCCGAGCCGCCAUCACCUGACUACGAGGAGGACGACGUCGCACCGAGCGCCGCUGCGGAGCGUGCAGUGCUCAGUCGGCGCAAUAGCCAUCGAUACUCAGAUGCGGCUGCGGAUCAACUGCUCGGCCUGUCCGGGAGGACCUUGGCUGUCCCAGACGAGUCUGACGAGGAAAAUGCUAGUAUUCUCAUACAAGAGGACAGCGGGUCGGAAACCGCUGAAAACGAGACCACCGAGUCUUCUACGUCGGCCGGCCGAAUGCCAACGUACCAGGACCAUCUCCGUCCAUCUGACGACCCAGAGCAACCCUCUCGUUCGAAGGCGGCGGCUGCUAGUCGGGGGCUGAACAUUACGACUGGCGCCGACAGGAUUCGGCGUCAAAGUCGGAUGAUUGGUCUGCCCCACUCGCCCCGACCAUUGCAACAAAAUGCUCAGAUCACUUCGCCGAACGCACCUCGCAGCCCCUCUGUGCCCUCCUCCCCCGUCGACACUCCAAAAUAAUUGCAUUUGACGUCUCAUCCUUCGUGCCGCCUUGAUGCCAUCCGUCACAUUGCAAACAUGUCUUCUUUCGCUGGAUCUCAUUCCGUUCAAGGACCGUAGUAAGAUACCCUUUGCACAGUUGUAUGUCGUACUCGCGCUGUAUACUCUUCC